AUGGGCAUCCAGGGGUUGAUGGGCUUCGUGGAGGAGCGUGGGGCGUUCUUCACCGAUUUGCGGGUGAGGGACAUUAAGUUGGUCAUCGACGGCAGCAGCCUCUACCACUGCCUGUGCUUCGCUUCCCAAGGUGCGCUGGCCCAGAGGGUGCGCGGCGGGGAAGGGGGAGAGCAGGGGGCGCAGGGCUGCUACGUUCCCGCUCGCUGCUUUUCCCUGGAGAAGUUCUGCCGGCACUUCAGCCGCCUGAACAAGAGCCUGCUCCCCCUCUUUGCCGCCAUGAACGGGAACGACCACAUCGGUCUGGCGGCCUUGGAGGUGUUCUUUAGCAAGGUGCGCUGGCCCAGAGGGUGCGCGGCGGGGAAGGGGGGUAAGCACGCCCGGUUUCAGGGGCUUCUAAACUGGCUGGCGCAGUUUGCUGAGCCGGCGGAGGCUCUUGACAACGUGCUGAAAUACCUUAAGGAACACCGGAGAGAAGAAAUAAGGACACUGCUAUGCACCGCCAUGGAGGAUUAUACUCCGUCUGAUGUGAAUCUUGAGGACUUUUUUCUGAACAGAAAGUACGAAUGUGAGGCUGCCAGAAAAGCAGGCUUGCCGCAGUGGGUGCUCGAUGCUUUGGCAAAAAGUAAACUGGCCCCGCUCAUCAGUAAUGUUCUGAUACUAAGAAGCACCUUCCUCCAUGUUCAGGUAGAGAACAUGCAGAGACCUAGCGCACAUAGCACAGCUUUGCCCAUUCGACAAGUUAUCUAUGGACUGCUUCUGAAAGUACCUGGAAGUACUGAAGCUGCUUCUCCAAGUAAGCAGACCAACGAGCUGCCAGUUGUAUGUGAAUUUGACAGAGUCCAAAAGACACUUAAAAAAACAUUUGUUCAAGCAGCAAGCCUACCCACAGAUUUUUAUGAUGAUAAUUUUUCUUUGGACAAGUUAAUGGAGGUGCCCAUGUCAAGCCGUCUAAUACUUUUGCUAGAGACUCUAGGAGUGAAAAUGAGUUUCCUAGAAUCCAUCCCCAGUCACUUACAACUCCCUGUUGCUGUAACUUGUUAUUGGAUACAUUGUUCAGAACCAAAAGUUAAUUUGCAUCAAUUAAAAGCUUUACUUCUAAUGAUAGUAUCUGGAGAACUGCACAGGAUAACAAAUGAUCCAGGCUUUACAGUGGGACCCUUGUGCACAGACUGUAUCAGGAGCUUGAAACGACACCUUCAGUGGAAAAUCUAUUUAAUUUAUCUCCAAAAAUGA